UCCGCACCUACGCAUAUGCCACCGAGCGCACCCGACCAACGCUCGUCUGCUGCCCGUCCCCUGCCCUUCUUCAUUUUCAACUCCACCUCCUCACUCCAAUGACCGCCACAGCCCCGGCCCUGGCGCCUGCGGCACGGACCCGCGGUCGGCCGCCCAAGGGUGUUACCGGAGCUGCGGCUCGUUCGCGUGCUGCAAAGGCGCAAGUUGCUGCCGCGGCAGCCGGCCCAAGCGCCGCACGUGCCACCGCCAAGUCGUCCCCGGCGCCCCUCCUGGGAGCCACGCUGCCGGCCUUGCCGGCCCUGCUCUCCGGAUCACCCGGCCCCUCCGAGCCCAUGGCCAGCAGUGCCGGCCCAGACUCCGAUCCUCUGAUUCCCACAAAGCUGGAGGAUUUUGGCGGCAGCGGUGCCGACGCCGCCCAAAUGAACCUGGGCCUUUCCUUCUGCGAGGGGUCGUCCUUUACGUCCUCCAACGCCCGGGACUCGGCCGAUGAGCGCGGGCCAAACGCCCCGCCUGGCGGGAGUGCCCCAAGCGGCAGCGGGCCAAGUGGCAGCGGCAGUGGCGCCGGCGUCGGCGGCAGCGGCACUGGGCCCGAUAAUGCAAAGAGCCUUCGGCAGCUGAGUAUUCGUGUCCUCCAAAAGAUCGAAGAAAAGCGCGUGACCACCUAUCGCGAGGUUGCUGACGAGCUUGUCCUCGAGUUUGCGGCCCUCGAGGCCGGGCUCGAUGAGUCAACCGAUGGCAGUCUCGGGUCUUUCUCGCGGCCCCUCACGGCCCCCGGAGGUUUUCAUGGCAGCAGCGAUGCCGGAGACUCUUCGGUGCCAGCCAGCCCGGCGGGAUCGGACAUGCUGCCCGACACCCCGGAUGACCAGGGCCACCAUGCGCUGGACUCGUCAUUGGCCGGCCCGAAUGGAGGCCCGCCGUCCUCGUCAUCGGCCUUGGUUCCGGCCGAGGGGCCCCGCCGCGGAGGACGCAAGCAUCCCACCGCGCAGAAAAACAUCCGCCGGCGCGUGUACGACGCCAUCAAUGUCCUGGCCGCGUUGGGUAUCCUGUCGAAGGGCCCCUCCAAGAAGAUCCGGUGGAUUGGCUUCUCUCGUAGCAAGGUCACCAGCAUCACCUCGCUGGAGCGCGAGCGCAAUGACCUGCGCGCUCGCAUGCUGGCCAAGCGCCUCGAGCUCCAGAGCCUCAUGGCCGAGCAUGUUUGCCUGCGAAAUCUCUCCCAGCAGCGGAAUGCCGGCGACACGGCCCCGGCGGCAGACCCGGCCGAGCCAACUGUCAAGCACAUCCCCCUGCCCUUUAUCCUGCUGAACAGCACGGCCGACGCGCAAAUCCAGGCCAUCGUGGCGCCCGAGGGCCAUGUCGUGGAUUUCCAAUGCGAGGGCGAAUGCACGGUCAUCCGCGAUCAGGAUGUCCUCCGGUCGCUCGGGUACCACCGGGUUCCGCGCGAGGAUUUCGACCGGUGGAUCCCUCAGCAGCUGCACCCCUGGCUGCCGCGUCUGGUCAGGCAGGAGCUCGACGCCAAUCCCGAUCCCAAGCACAUUAUCGAAUUCCUGCCGGACCAUGAGCCAACCGGCCCCAGUGUCGGCGACCUCCUUGGUGCUGGGUCGUCUGGCCUUCGCACGCUUCACAACCAGAAACCCUCCGACCGGCAACAUACCCCCUCCCUUUUCGAGUCCAAAGGCACCGGUGCCGGUGGUGGUGGAGAUGGCCCGGCCAUGCUGAAGGACGCAUCGCCAGGGCUGCUGGCGCCUCCGGCGACGGCCUUCUUCCUGGGCUCGGGCCCCGUCUUUGCGGGUGGCGCUUCUUUCGGCAUUCGGCCGCCCUUGCCACCGGGCAGCCAGGUGGCCGGGCAGUAUGCCACCACGACGAUGGGCAUGAGCGCCGAGCUGGGCGCCGACUCGGAGGGCACCGCUCGUGGGCUAUCCCCCGGCAGGGAGGCCACUCCGGUGCUGUGCUCUUCCGCGCCCGAAGGCAAGACCCCCCGGCGGAAGCGCGCCGCUCGGCCGGCCUCGGCGGCCAAGCCGCGAGCCACCGCCAAGUCCGCCCCCCUGGCGAGUGCCGCCGGUGGCGGUGGCGCUUCCUUGCCACCCGUGCCCGCCGGGGCCCCCAAUGCCGGGGACUUGGACAUGGGGGUUUUCGCCGGGCAGGAGGAUGGCCCGUCGGCGCGUGGGUCCUCGCCUGGCAUGUACGCCGGCCCGGCGAGUGACCACGAUCUCACCGGGAACCUGUCCAUGAUCGAUGUCCUCCCCGGUCCGGGAGGUCCCGGCUCCGGGGCCACCGAGAUCUUCGAGUCGGAUUCCUUCUUCACGCAUGAGGCCUCGUCUCCGGCCUGUCGAUUCGAGGACCCGAGCGAUUCCGGGCCCCCCUACUCCACGGUGAUCGGGGGCUUUGGCGAUCCGGCACUCGAUGAUCCUCGGGGGCCCUUCCACCCUGCCCACCACCCGUACUACCCGGGGCCGGGGGAGGUGUACGUCGGCCCGCCCGGGGUCACCCCUCCAGGCGGCCUGGCUGGCAGCGGCGGCCCCGGCGGCUACCACCACUAUGCACCGGAUGCCGGGGGCCCCCCCCCGAUGGCCGGCGCGUCGCACUAUCCCCAUGCCCAGUACUCGGUGUUCCAGCCACUGGCGGCCGGAGCGCCGGCAGCGGGGCCGCCCCCACCGGGCGCCCCCCCGCCAGGCCCCCCGACCAUGGGCCCAGCGCAUACGCCCUUCCAGGCAUUCCAGUCGCCGCCCCUGCCACCCCCACCGCCGGCCGGUCCGCAUGGCUACCCGCACUAUGGGCCGGCGUACUCGCAAUACUCGCACUAUGGCCAGCCGCCGGGCCCGGUGGCGCAGGGCCCGGUCCCUGCCCCGCCGCCAGGGGCCCACUACCACUACUACCAGCAGCCGCAAUCACAGGCGCAGGCGCAGGCGCACCCGGCUGCAAUCCCCCCACCGGCGUCGGUGAUGAUGCCCCAUGGCCAUGGGCAUCACCAGUAUGCCCCUUUGGCACAUGCCCUCCCCGGCACUCGGGCCGAUGUGCGACAGAUGUACCACCUGCAGCCGGGGGGGCACCCGCAUGCCGGGCCGGCGGGGCCCAGUGCCGCCUCCGCCGGCGGCGGCGGCGCCGGCGCCGGCGCCGCCGCCGGCGCCCAGGCCGCCGGAUACUACGCCCAUCGACCGGGCACGGACGCGGCCGGGUCCGCGGGCUACCUUUAUUCCGCUCCUCCGGGGGCCGGGGCGCCGCUGAUGGUGGCUGCUCACCCGAGGGGGAUUCCGUCGGCGCAUGUGCCCCAAUCGGCUGACUCUUUGAUUGUGGCACCGAUGGCCGGGGCGGGGGCCAGGGCAGUGGCCCUUUCCAGCCCAGCCCCGGGUCCCGGGAACAUGAGCCGCGAUGGGACUCCCGACAUUGGCAACCUUUCGGUGGAUCUCAGCCACAGCGGCGGCGGCGGCGGCGGCGGCAGCAGCAGCAGCAGCAGUAGCAACAACGGCAACGGCAACGGCAGCAGCAGCAGCAGCAGCAACAGCAGCAAUGGCAGCAGCAGCAGCAGCGGCGGCGGCGGCGGCAACAGCGCCAGGGCCUCAGCGCAGGCACUCCCACGCCAGUCGUCCACAUCCGGCCUGCCGGUGAGCUCGCUCUCGGCCCCGACACCCGUCCCUGACGCCGAGCCGGUGUACCACCCGGUGCCACUGGAGCACAUCGGUGGCCCGGCCGGUGCCCAGCAGCCGUACCUCCGCCCGGGAUCUGCCGACCCCACGGCCGGAGCCGAGAACGCCGUUCCAUUUGGCGGCCUGGUCACCGGAUACGGGUUCGGCGGCCCGGAAGUCGCGCACCCACACGCCGGUGGUGGUUAUCUGCCACCGCCGCCGCCGCCGCCGCCGCCGUCGUCGUCGGCCCCCCCCUCGCAGUACGGGUACCACCAUCCACACGCGUACCACCCGCCGGUGGUCGGCUCGGGCCCGCAGCAUGUCGCCUACCACUCGUCCCAUGUGCCGCCCGGGCCGCAGCAUGCCGCCUACCAUGGGCCUCCCGGCGCCAGCCACCCGCAUCCCCCCCACCACCCGCACCAUUCCCACCAUUUGCAGCCACCCCCGCCGCCACCGCCACCGCCGAGGCAGCACCACCUGGGCUUCGGUGGCGCUGCCCCGCCUCCGGCCGGCCACCCCGGCGCCGGGCUCUACUCCUACUCGCCGGUGGUGGGCCCCUUCACUGCGGCCAGCCCGGCGCAGGCACACCCAUCCGGCCCCGGUAGCAGCAGCAGCAGCAGCAGCAGCAGCUCCGGCGGCAGUGGCUUUGGCGAUCUGUCUGGCAGCUCGGAUAUGGCCUUCAUUCCGUCCAAUCUGGAGCUCAGCGAUGCGGAUUUGUCGCUUGUGUCGUAUGGCUCGCUGCCGGCCGAGCCGGUGGCCGACCCCGCCGUGGUGGACCCGAUGGCCGAGGGCUUCAGCGCCUCGCGGCCGCCCCUGCCGCCGGGGCUUCCCGGCAGCACGGUGGCCGGCUCGGGGGUCGCGGCGCCGCCCUCCGGCGGUGGCCAAGUGGCCACGGCUCGGGCCAAGAAGCCCGGCCCUCGGACCCGGCGAAAGCCCACCCCUGUGGCCGGCGUCGAGCUGGCUCCCGGGCAUCAGAUCCCGGAGUUGCCGGUCUCCCAGCAGGCGGCCUCUCCGCCGGGCCCGUGCGCCACCACUUCCCCGGAGCUGGCUCCGCCGGGCUUGAUGUCGUCCGGCCAGGAGGGCGAUCCGCAUGUGGCGCUGGCGGCCGGCGGGGGGGCGGCCGCCAAGACGCCCUCGCCCGCACCGGCCGGCACAUGUGAUGUCACUGCCUCCGGCUGAUUUCCCCAUGCCCGGAGAUAAUACAUGUCCUUGUCA